AUGUAUAUUAUAUGUAUUAUGGAUAAACCGCCAUCAUCGUCACCCAUCAUAUCGUCACCAAUUCUUCCCUUGACAAUAAUACCACUUCAACCAUCAACGCUAACUAUUUCAGUGUCAACGCCUUUAGAACGACUACAGAAUAAUGAAAAACCAGAAAAACUAUAUAAAAAAGAAAAACAAAUACUUCUUGAAUUUGAUUUAAUCGUCAAAGACAUACGUUAUCAGUUGAAUGAACAAUUGAAAUGUCUUGAACAACGUUUAGAAACACAAUUAUCAAUAGUGAGUGAUAUACAAGAUUAUUUUAAACGUCGUGCCGAAGUUGAACUUGAUUAUGCCAAAAACUUAGACAAUUUAUAUAAACAAACAUAUCAAAGACAUAAAGCACAAAAAGCAAGACGUGAAACAUGGGUGCUACAUUCAGUAUACAAAUUAUGGGACAAUAUUGUUCAAGAUACACGUACACAUGUCAAAUAUCAUACAGUCAUGUCAGAUAUAUGUGGAAAAUAUAUGUCGGAUAAAUUUAAUGAAAUUGCUGAUGAUACACGUCGAAUGUUUGGAAAAUGUAAAAGUGUUGGUCAAGCAAGUCAUGAUGAGAUUUUUAAAGUGCUUAAUGAACUGCAAAGUACAAUGAAAACGUAUCAUCAAUAUCAGAGUGAAAGUAAACAAGCCGAACAAAAACUUCGACAAAUACAACAACAAAUGACAAAAUUAAAAAGUGUUAAAAAACAAAAAUCAAUGGAAAAACGUGUGGAAAAACGUCAAAUGAAAUAUACCGAAACAAAAGUAAAAGCAUUCAAAGCAAGAAAUGAUUAUUUAUUAACAAUUGAAUCGGUUAAUGCAGCCUUAACAAAAUAUUGUACAGAUGAUGUACCGGAUUUAAUUGAUUGUAUGAAUUUUGGUUUUCAUACAUCGACUGCAAAAUGUUUAAUGAUGUAUUUAUCCGCACAGGAAAAUAUAAAACGUUCUCGUCAAAUGACAAUUGAAUGUUUAAAUCGAUCAAUUGGGGAUUUAGAUACAGUUGGUGAUAAACAAAAAUAUUUAGAAUAUUAUUCAUCCAUUUUUACUAUGCCAAAAAAAAUUAAAUUUGAACCACACAAAGGCGAUGAAGUAUCGGCAGUGAAUGCUCAAGUUCUGAUACGUGAAGAUAUGCAACAACGUUUUGGUCAACUUCAAAAUCGUUUGGCAUCACUUAAAACUGAAAAUGAUGAGAUUUUUAAAACAAUCGAAGCAACAGAACAAUCAUUAAUGAACUAUAUUAAUGUUAAAAAUUCUGAUUUAUCGGAUUUAUUUAAAGAUCUUAAUCUUCCACAAAGUGCACCAAAAGAUACGAGAAAAGAAAUUGAAGAUUAUUAUAUUGAGAAAUUCAAACAGUAUACACUUAGUAGUAAUUUAAUAGCAAGAUUACAAGCACGUCAUGAUGUUAUGCAAAAAGCACUAGGUGCAAGUCCCGUUCCCUCUCAAGCAGAUGAAAAAUGUCUUAUACGCCGUCCGAAUAAACCAAAACAAAUUGGUAAAGCGCCAAUCAUUGGACGUCCACGUCUAUUUGGUGGAAAAUUAAUCGAUUAUAUUCAAGUUACACAACAAGAUAUUCCUUUGAUUAUCUCAAGUUGUGUUAGUGCUAUUAAUCGUCUUGGAUUACAUAAUCAGGGUAUAUUUCGCGUACCAGGUGCACAAGUGGAUAUUAAUCAAUUUAAGGAUAUUUUUGAAAAAGGCGAAGAUCCACUAGUCAAUGUUUCUGCACGUGAUAUGAAUUCGGUGGCAGGAUGUCUUAAAUUAUAUUUUCGAGAAUUGAAAGAGCCACUAUUUUCACGUGAUAUGUUUGAUUCUUUCAUGGCUUGCAUAAUUGGAGUUGAAUCCGAAGAGAAAUGUGUGGAAAAUGUUCGUCAAGUUGUCAAACUGCUACCACGAUCAAUUUUCAUAGUUAUGCGUUAUUUUUUUGCAUUUUUAAAUCAUUUAGCUGAAUAUAGCGAUGAAAAUAUGAUGGAUGGUUAUAAUUUAGCAUCUUGUUUAGCACCAAGUCUAAUGCCAAUACUUGAAGAUAAAGAUCAAGUACAAUAUUUGACACAUGCAAUUGAAUUAAUAAGAACAAUAAUCACACAUCAUGAAGAAAUAUUUCCGAAUGAUGGUGGACUCGUCUACGAAAAAUUUGCCAUCUCCAUGGAUGUUGAAGAAGGAUCUGACAAGGAUGAAGAUGAUGAAGGCAUUAGUGAACAACGUUCAUUACAUCGAGAAGGCACUGGAAGUGACGAUGAAACGGAAGUGAUUGAGGCAUUGGCUCAAUUUGAUUAUUGUGGACGCACUGAUAAAGAACUAUCAUUCAAAAAAAAUGAUAUCAUCUAUAUAUAUGGGCGUAUUAGUAAUGAAUGGUGGCAUGGUCAUCUUUUAAAUGGACAAAUGGGCUAUGUGCCAGAUAAAUAUAUCAAAUUUAAAAAACGUCGUAUUUCCAGUUCAAACAAUGUUUUAAUAAAUUCUAUUAAUCCUUCAUCAUUGAAUUCUGUUAGUGUAACAACAUCGAAUGAAUUAGACGAUAGAAUGAGUCAAUCACCUGAUAUACCUCUCGUUGAUGAAUUACGUUUCAAAUCUGCUAAAGAGACUGACAUUUUGGAUAAUGACAAUGAAGAAGAUAGUGAUAAUGAUGAUAACAUUGAAGUAAACGAAAGUCUCUAUGAAAAUUCUCAUGCGCUUGAUAGUUUGACACAUUCGUCACUUCCUUCUCGUAUGAUUUAUGAUGUAAUUCCUCCAUCACCUGUACUAACAUCGAAAAGUGAAUCGUCCUCACGUGUUCCAUCAACUAAUGAACAACAAAUAAUCGAUAUUGACACAGCAUUGAGAGAAGUUUUGUCGGGUAUACGUACAGUCGAAGAAUGUCAUGCACAAUGUUUUCGAUCAAUGCCAAACUCGUUACCAUCACCACAUUUACUACACACUGAAUUAGAUCGCUCUGUCAACAUUCUUGAGACUAUUGCUUCAACAACAACAACCACCACAACAUCAGCAUCAAUCGAAACAGCUGCACCGGAUCUUGUUUUAAAUCUGCCUCUUACAAGUGGUCUCAUUACUCCGCCAGCAUCCAAAUGUCUCGAUUCUCCAUCGGUCACUGAUCAUUUGUCAAAUAUUGCACAAUCAUUAACGUCAUCAGCAGGUGCAUCACCUAUAACUGACGAGGCUCCGCUAAUCACUAGUACUUCUGCUAUUUAUAUUGAAGAAUCUCAAUCAAUCUCAACGUCUUCUCCGAAUUCUUCAGUGUAUACGAUGGAAAAGCUACGUUCACCUGAACCACAAAAUAGAAAAAUUCCACCCCAAGUAAUGAAAAAACCAGAAAAAACUGUGGAAUUAUUAAAAAAAUUGGGUCUGACGAAUCAUCAUUUACCCACAUUUACGUCGUCUUGUUCAUCCACAUCCUCGUCAUCUACCACGUCAUCAAAUUCAAAUUCACCUCAGAAUAUAUUUCAUGCUCAAAUUAUUCCCGUUUCAGCUGGCGCAUCUAAAUCAACAGACGUCUGA